AUGGCCAGGACUAAACAGCUGCUCAAGAAGUCAGAGGUGGCCGGUGCUAACAAGGGCUUGUUUGAUGUGGAUCCAUUGGUGGACCCAGUUUACCAGGACGGUAAGCUCAGAUCAUUUUUAUUAACCACGCCAACUCCCAAACUUAUCAAGAAUAGAAAAAUACAAGGAGGAGAAUACAUUUUAUUGGCGAUUCUUAUAAUCACUUCGUUGUUUGUCAGAUUAUCGUUUUUGGCUACUCCGAAUUCUGUUGUUUUCGACGAGGUUCAUUUUGGUGGGUUUGCUCGUAAAUAUAUCUUGGGACAAUUUUUCAUGGAUGUUCAUCCUCCAUUGGCUAAGAUGUUAUUUGCCGCCGUUGGCUACAUCUUUGGGUUUGAUGGGGAAUUCCAAUUCAAGAACAUUGGUGACGAAUUCCCAGCUAAUGUUCCUUAUGUUUAUAUGAGAAGUUUCCCGGCCUUAUUAGGGGUGGGUACCAUUAUCUUAUGUUACUUAACCUUAAGAAACUCGGGAGUUAGACCCAUUGUGGCCUUUUUAACCGCCAGUUGUCUUAUGAUUGAAAAUGCAAAUGCCACCAUUUCUCGUUACAUUUUAUUGGACUCUCCAUUACUUUUUUUCAUUGCCGCUUCAAUUUAUGCAUUGAAGAAAUUUGAAAUCCAAAUUCCUUUCAGUUUUGGCUGGUUCAAGUCUUUGAUUGCCACCGGAAUUGCUCUUGGUUUGGCAGUGAGUUCCAAAUGGGUGGGGCUUUUCACCAUUGCUUGGGUUGGUAUUUCUUGUUUAUUCCAAUUAUGGUUUAUUAUCGGUGAUUUAUCUAUUUCUUCCAAAAAAAUCGUUGGUCAUUUCGUGGCUCGUGGUGCCUUGUUAUUAGGUAUUCCUGCUUUAUUAUACGUUGUUUUCUUUGGUAUCCAUUUCCAAGUUUUAUCAAAUGAAGGUGAUGGGGGUCCUUUUAUGACUAGUGCUUUUAGAUCAAAUCUUAAUGGUAAUACCAUUCCCCGUGAUAUUACCGCCAACGUUGGUUUAGGUUCGAUCAUCACUAUUCGUCAUUUGGAAACUAGAGGUGGUUAUUUACACUCUCAUAAUAAUUUCUAUCCAACCGGCUCUAAACAACAACAAAUUACUUUAUACCCCCAUUUAGAUACUAAUAACAAUUGGUUGAUUGAACCUUAUAACGAUACCAUCCCCGAUCAUUUUGUUCCCUUGACUGAUAAUAUGAAAAUUAGAUUGGUUCAUAUCAAUACUGGUCGUAGAUUACACUCUCACGAUGAAAAACCUCCAGUCAGUGAACGUGAUUGGCAAAAGGAAGCUUCUUGUUAUGGGUUUGAAGGUUUUGCCGGGGAUGCUAAUGAUGACUUUAUCGUGGAAAUCGUUAAACAUAAAUCAAAAUCUACCGGAGAUGAUGUUAAAGCCUUGAAUACAAUCAUCAGAUUCAGACACGCAAUGACUGGUCAUUAUCUUUUCUCAAGUGAAGUUAAAUUACCGGAUUGGGGGUUUGAUCAACAAGAAGUUACUACUGCUUCUCAAGGUUAUCGUCCUUUAACCCAUUGGUAUAUUGAAACCAAUGAAAAUGAUCGUAUUCCAGCCAAUGAAAAAGAAAUCAUUAAUUAUCCUAAAUUAUCGUUAUGGGAUAAAAUUUUAGAAUCCCAUAAAACAAUGUGGAAAAUUAAUCAAGGUUUAACCGAACACCAUAAUUGGCAAUCAAGUCCAACUGAAUGGCCUCUUCUUUUAAGAGGUAUCAAUUAUUGGGUUCGUGAAAAUAAACAAGUUUAUUUCUUAGGUAAUGCUGUGGUUUGGUGGUCUUCUACUUUAUGUAUUGUUGCUUUCCUUAUUCACACUGCAUUUUCAAUUAUCAGAUGGCAAUCAGGUCAAAAAGUUGCUGAUAAUAAACAUGUUUUCAAUUUCAAUACUCAAGUUUUCUUAUAUUUAGCUGGUUGGGGGUUACAUUAUUUACCAUUCUUCAUUAUGGGUCGUCAAUUAUUCUUACAUCAUUAUAUUCCUGCUGCUUACUUUGGUAUUUUGGUCUUGGGUCAUUUCUUUGAUAUUUUUGUCAAUUAUUUGGCUGCUAGUUCAAAACAUAUUCAAAAAAUCGCUUAUGUUGGAUUAUCAAUCUUUCUAAUGUUCAGUUUGGUCUUUUACAUCCAAUUAAGUCCUCUUGUUUAUGGUAAACCUUGGACCAAACCUCAAUGUAACCGCGUCAAAGGGUUAAACUCUUGGGAUUUUGAUUGUAAUGCCUUUUUUGACUCUUAUGAAGAUUACUCAGUGGCAACUGCUUCGGCUUUGGCUUCAGCUUCUGAAUCUAUCCAACUGGAAUUAGCCAAAAUCUCCGCUGUUCCAGUGGAAAACCAAGCUGAUUAUAAGGAAGCCGAAGAAACUCCUUUACAAGUUGAAUUGGCUCAAGAAGAAGCUCACGAAUCAGAAUUCCCUAAUGAAGUCUCAGAAGAAGCUCCAAUUGCCGAAGAAGUUAUUGAAAAUCAAAAUAAUGCUCCUCCAGCCGCUGUUGACUUGGAAGAAACUGAUAAUCACGAAAAAGUAGAAUCAGUUAAACAGGCCCCAGCAAAUGAAGAAACUAUACAAAAUUAAUAGUUGAUUCCUCAUGAUUAUCUCAAUAAUAAGUAUCAUAUUUAUUGAAACAUCAUCUCUGCUCGUUCUUGUCAUCAAUAAUGAGUGUUUCUUUAUAUAUUUAUUGAUACUCGAACCAUUAUACUACCUGCUUUACUACAUACUCUACUACUACCAGAACUACUUGUUCCCGUU